UAAAGAGCCACGGAUCUGUGCAGUCUCAUAAAUGGAAAAACCACCGACCAUGGGAAUUUCUCUUCCAAGUCUCUUUUGUCUGAUUCUUGUUGGGAUCACAAUAUCCUGCCGUGCCCAAGACACGUGUCCUGAUGUAAAACUCAUUGGAGCUGGAGAAUCAGCAAGAAUGGCCAUUGUAAGAGGGUGUCUGGGGUCUACAGGAUCCACUGGGCAAAAGGGAGAAGCAGGGACACAAGGAACCAAAGGAGACCCUGGAAUCCCUGGAAUGUUGGGCCCCCGGGGUGAGAAAGGAGACAUGGGGCCUCCUGGACCCUGGGGGCCACCUGGAGUGAAAGGAGACAUUGGGCGUCCUGGACUCUUGGGGCCACUUGGCAAGAAAACUCCCAAGAACUGUGUGGAGCUGCUCAAUAAUGGAGCCACGCUCACCGGCUGGUACACAGUCUCUCCGGAUGGUAAUAAGCCUAUAAAGGUUCUCUGUGACAUGGAUACGGAUGGGGGGGGAUGGAUAGUGUUUCAGAGACGAGUGGACGGUUCUGUGGAUUUCUACAGAGACUGGAAAUCCUACAAACAAGGUUUUGGCAGCCAAGUGGGCGAGUUCUGGUUGGGAAAUGAGAACAUUCACCUCCUUACGUCCUCAGGGAAUUUCCAACUGCGCUUCGACCUGGAGGAUUUUGACAACAAUCGAAAGUACGCCACCUACAGCCAAUUCCGACUGGAGGGAGAGUCUCAGAAAUACACCCUACGUUUUGGGGAAUUCACUGGGGGCCCUGCAGGGGACUCCUUGUCUUCUCACAACAACAAAGCUUUCCAAACAAAGGAUGUGGAUAAUGAUGAGAGUGAUAGUAACUGUGCAGAGUCAUUCAAAGGGGCCUGGUGGUAUCACGAUUGUUACUCCUCCUGUCUGAAUGGGGAAUAUUUGCGAGGAGAACACGAUGAGGCAGAUGGAGGAGUCAACUGGGGCGAAUUCAGAGGGAAUGAUUACUCACUGAAAGUGUCUGAAAUUAAGUUCCGGCCACAAUAGGAACAGAGAAUAAUCGAAUCCAGAGUAUCUUAUCCGGUGAGGUCGUGUUAUUCUUUCAUGGGAAAUUAACACUUGGAAUUGUGUUGGAAUGAUUGCCUGGGAAUGUACCAUUGCUGCUCGGGGAUGUUGGGCAGUUAUGGCUUUAGUCGCUACUCUAUGAUUUGUGCAGUUAUUUCUGCCUAAAAUAAAGUUGCUUCUGCGUCUCAGA